GGGGAACCGCCGUCGGGCACCGGGCCUGCGGCGGCGCCAUGGGCCUACUGCCCGCUCACCUGCCUCUGCUCUCGGCCGCCUUCCUCCGGAACAGCCGCGACCCGGCGGCGGAGGCCGCGCGGCGCCCGCGGGUUUCCUAUGUAAUUCGAGAUGAAGUGGAGAAGUACAAUCGGAACGGAGUCAAUGCCCUGCAACUGGACCCAGCACUCAACAGACUCUUCACAGCAGGUCGAGACUCCAUCAUAAGAAUAUGGAGUGUCAAUCAGCACAAGCAAGAUCCAUACAUAGCAUCUAUGGAGCACCACACAGACUGGGUGAACGAUGUUGUACUCUGUUGCAAUGGGAAAACACUAAUAUCUGCUUCUUCAGACACAACAGUAAAAGUCUGGAAUGCACAUAAAGGGUUCUGCAUGUCCACCCUCAGGACGCAUAAGGACUAUGUCAAGGCCUUGGCGUAUGCCAAGGAUAAAGAGCUGGUAGCAUCGGCUGGGCUGGACAGACAGAUAUUCCUUUGGGAUGUGAACACUUUGACAGCACUGACUGCCUCAAACAACACUGUCACAACUUCUUCUUUAAGUGGGAACAAAGAUUCCAUUUAUAGCCUGGCCAUGAACCAACUGGGAACAAUCAUUGUAUCUGGGUCCACUGAGAAGGUUCUAAGAGUGUGGGAUCCAAGAACCUGUGCGAAACUCAUGAAGCUGAAAGGACACACGGACAAUGUGAAGGCCCUGCUGCUGCACAGGGACGGCACACAGUGCCUCUCUGGGAGUUCUGAUGGGACGAUUCGCCUGUGGUCCCUUGGCCAGCAGAGAUGUAUAGCAACAUACCGAGUCCAUGAUGAGGGCGUUUGGGCCCUACAGGUCAAUGAUGCCUUCACACAUGUCUAUUCUGGGGGACGGGACAGGAAGAUCUACUGCACAGACCUAAGGAACCCUGACAUUCGGGUGCUGAUUUGUGAAGAAAAAGCACCAGUUCUCAAGAUGGAACUUGACAGAUCAGCAGAUCCCCCUCCUGCAAUCUGGGUUGCAACAACAAAGUCCACAGUAAAUAAGUGGACACUGAAGGGAAUUCAUAAUUUCCGAGCCUCUGGUGAUUAUGACAAUGAUUGUACAAACCCCAUAACGCCCCUCUGCACACAGCCGGACCAAGUUAUUAAAGGGGGCGCUAGUAUCAUCCAGUGCCACAUCCUAAAUGAUAAGCGACAUAUAUUGACCAAAGAUACGAAUAACAAUGUGGCCUACUGGGACGUGUUGAAGGCAUGCAAAGUGGAAGAUUUGGGCAAAGUGGACUUCGAAGAUGAAAUUAAGAAAAGAUUUAAAAUGGUGUAUGUUCCAAAUUGGUUCUCAGUAGACCUAAAAACAGGGAUGCUGACCAUUACUCUGGAUGAAAGCGACUGCUUCGCUGCCUGGGUUUCUGCGAAAGAUGCUGGCUUCAGCAGUCCCGAUGGGUCAGACCCAAAACUGAACUUAGGAGGACUUCUACUACAGGCCCUCCUGGAGUACUGGCCCAGAACACAUGUGACUCCCAUGGACGAGGAGGAGAAUGAAGUGAACCAUGUGAGUGGGGAACAGGAGAGCCGAGUCCAGAAAGGAAAUGGCUAUUUCCAGGUGCCCCCCCACACCCCCGUGAUCUUUGGAGAAGCUGGAGGUCGCACACUUUUCAGGCUGCUCUGCCGGGACUCCGGGGGCGAGACCGAGGCAAUGCUUCUCAAUGAGACCGUGCCACAAUGGGUGAUCGACAUCACUGUGGAUAAAAAUAUGCCCAAAUUCAACAAAAUUCCUUUCUACCUCCAACCUCAUGCAUCUUCAGGAGCAAAAACUUUAAAAAAAGACAGACUGUCUGCCAGUGACAUGCUGCAGGUCCGGAAGGUGAUGGAACACGUCUACGAGAAGAUUAUCAACCUGGAUAACGAGUCCCAAACCACCAGCUCUUCUAAUAAUGAAAAACCAGAGCAGGAGAAGGAGGAGGACAUUGCUGUGUUGGCAGAGGAGAAAAUUGAGCUUCUGUGCCAGGACCAGGUUUUGGACCCCAAUAUGGACCUUCGGACAGUAAAGCACUUCAUAUGGAAGAGUGGUGGGGACCUCACCCUCCAUUACCGUCAGAAGUCCACGUGAAGAGUGGGCCCAUGCUCCUGGGUUCUUUACCAACCACCUUCCUCUGUGGCCCCAAGAGUAGUCCUAGGAAGCCCACCACGUCCUACGGGAACAAGACCUCCAACCGGCCAAUGGAGAUGUAUUAUAGAAACCAGGCUCCACGCAUAGAUUAAGGUGUCCCCAGGGACUCGAGUGCAAAGACAGAAAAGCCCUGGCACUGUUCUGGGAGAUGCAGAGAAUCUACAACAGGCAGUGCAGACUUCGCUGACUCCUUGUGAAGGACCCACCUUUGUCUCUUAGCACUUGUUAGAGAACAUCAGCGGGGCCACAUCUGUUCGCCGUGGUUCCGUUUCAAACCCACAAGUUCUGCAGCUUUGUCCAAGUACAUUCCACUCAUGCAGUACCUAUGAAGGCUUUUUCCAAAUUUGUCAUUACAAAAAUUAAGUUGUUUUCACCAUAUGAGAGUUAUUUUUAAUGGAAAUCACUGUUGGACAAUCCAAGAGCCAGCCUAUUUCCUAAAAAAUGACCACGCUGGGCUACUUCUGAAAUACCGCAUCUCAGCCACACUCUUGUAGGAAGACCUUCCGCAACUCCAGGGACCUUGGACCUCCAGGCAGUAACAGCUGGUGUGUGUUGUGCAGUGCUGCCCCAUAGUGCCCUGGCUGUACGAUAGCCCAAGAUAGCCUAAGCCGCUGUGGCCACUCCUUCCUUCCGCCAGCACCGCCUUCCUCACAGGCAGAGCCAGCGAGAACCACAGCUUCCUGCUCUGGGUGAGCAGCCUGCCGACUGUCAGGACUUAAGACCAUGCUGAAGUUUGAGUUUCAUUCAAAUGCUGAAGUUUUGUGUUACUAGAGUAAAAAGAUCUCACAGUGAGCUGGUUUGAUAUUUAUAUUGUGGUCCAUGUUUGUUUUUCCAGUUUUAUACACGGGCUUUUGUUACGCCUUCGUCCAGGUCUUUCCGCUGUCUUUCUAACAGUCAAAAGCUUUCAUAGACUCACUUGGAUCUUGUACAGAAUAUUUAACUUAUUGGGGAUAAACACUUCAACUUUUGGCAAAAGAUACUUUGGAUUCUUCCCUUGGUCAUUUACAUCCAGACAGAUGAAACUUUGAGCACAGCGGAAGCACACGUGCCUUGGGAGGGCAGCGUACACCGUCCAGCUGUCCGUGCCUUGUGUGUGGUCUGUCCCCACAGGAGCAGGGUGAGGGGGCCUGGGGAAGGGUUUUUCCUCGUCUCUACAUCUUCACAGGUUCUACUGGAGACAGCUGAAGGGCCCAGAUCCAUCCCUUACAAACCAAGGCACUAAUCCGUACAACUACAGAGCAGGGCCCCUCACAAUAACUGUGGGAACAUACAUGCCAUGGCUUCCACACCCUCCAGUGAGCAAGGACAUCCCAGGGGUUAAACCGUUCUCCCUCCCCAGAGCAGCCAGCUUCUUUUUUUUACAGAAGUUCUUUCUAUCUGUGUUGGACAACAGUGCACUUUUGGUGCAUAUUUUUUAGUGAUAGCUGUAAGCGAAAAGCCAGGGGUGGGUGGGGUGUUUGCAGGAGGGGCCUCUGCACUAAGAGUAGGUUUUGCUGGUUGGCUCAGGCAGUACUGAUCCACAGGCAGUUGUGCCCCUGUGGAGAGUUUACCCCCAGCAUGGUUGUACUUCUUUCCCCUCUUGUCAAAAAUCAGUAAUAAGUUUCCAGAAAAUUGGACAGUCUGCAAUGCCAAAAGGGUCAGAAUCUGUAUUUCAAGUCGUAUAGAAUAAAGCUUUAGUUACAAACA